AACACUACUGUGGAUAGUCUUGGAGAAGCUAGCUGAGUGAGCAUGUUUGACUGGACUAGGUCAGAGAACUCAGCCUUCUCUCUCUUUCCCUUCCUUUCCCAUCCCUUCGAGUGUUCUGCUUUCUCUCUUCUUCUCCUUUACACAUUCCGGGUUCCGGCGGCCUUAUAUAUGCUGCUGUCAUCCCGUUUGCACGGUAGGCAGCAAGCAAAAGUACUUAAAAUAUAUGCUGCAAGGCCGGUGUUCGUCAUCGUCUUCGGCCAAACUCUCAACAACAGAUAUUUAUAUAUAACGAGCGCAGCUAGCUAGCUAGAGCCUGAAAGAAUUGAGAAGCUAAGGAUAGAGGCGAAGCUAGGCUGCGAACCACUGGAUCAAGAGGAGCUAGCUAGGCAGCGAGAAUGAGAGGGUUUGAGAGAAAAGGGGUCCGGCAGUACAACCGGUCAGAGGUGCCGAGGAUGCGGUGGACGGAGGAGCUGCACCGGCAGUUCGUCGAGGCCGUCGAGUGCCUCGGUGGCCAGGACGAAGCAACUCCGAAGCGAAUUCUUCAGCUGAUGGGCGCGAAGGGAGUUAGCAUAUCUCAUAUCAAGAGCCAUCUUCAGAUGUACAGAGCCUCCAUCUCCAGCAGCAGCAGUACCCAUCAUCAGCCCAGCCUCCAGAAGUCGACAUCAACCGCAGCGAGCAACAACAAGCGCGUGUUCUUCACGCGUGAAGAUUGUGCGUCACAGGAAGGCAACGCUCCAGCUUCAGACAAGAACAUCUAUACCACCACGGUCCGUGGUUGCGGCCAGUACUCAUCACCGUACCAAAUACCGUCGCUACAGCAAGUGUUCAGAUGCUGGGAACAAAAGAGAGGGCGUGUUGCUUGGAACUCCGACGUGCUAACAACAGAGAAGGGGGUGAUUAUUAGGCCAAGUCACACUAGGAAGCACGAGACGCAGCAGCACACGGGAUGCGACCUCACGCUGUCGAUCGGGCUGUGGGAGGACGCGAGCAGCAGCGACGACGCCGACGGCUCGAGCUCCAUCAGCGAGGAGCUGCUGCCUGCUCCGGCAGCGGGCGGCGCUCGCCGCGUCGCCGCCGUAGUGAAGGAGGAGGAGGAGAGCAAGCCGGCGGCUCUGAACCUGGACCUGACCAUCUCGUCGUCCUGGCUGGCCUGACGACGUACGCCGGCGGACGGCUGGUGGCGUUAUGCGUACGUGGCCGGCGUAGGUACAAAUACGUACAUACUAUACGCGGACUCUUGCAGAUCGAGCAGCAGACUGUGUGAUCAGGGCAUCGGUACUAGGACUACUGUAUAUUUUCGUGUCGUCCUGCCCACUCCGUUCUAGCCACUCUCUUUUUUUUUUUCUUAUUAGAUCAUCUGUACAACAUUUUCGGGUCCGUUCGAUUAGGAACGGCCGCCUGGGCUUCAGACGACGGUGGGUGAGGAAUUUCUGCGGCCCUUUUUCCUUGUCCGGGGAGAAGGCGCUGUAUACCUCAGUUCCUCACAUGUCAUCGUCUGAUCGAUUGAGCAUAUACUUAGUAUGUUAUUAGUUCUGGCAGCUAUAUAUUUCAGUGAAUGACAGAGGACAGAUAUGUUUAUAUAUAUAGUCUUUUAUUUUUGCUA